GGACCCAUGGUGUCCCCAGACUGCAGCCCACUGGACCUGCCUGCCACAUCAGAAGACACCACAGAGCAGCAUGAGCACCACUUCCUAGACUCCAACUGCCACAUCUGCACGGAGUGGAAGUCCUGGACGGAGCUGUCAGGCUCCUUAAAGGACACCAGGAGCAGAGAGGACAAUGUCUUCCAGAGAGCCCCAAGCCCAGCUCCUGUGUUCUCUCCAGAGAUGCCCAAAGCCAGGGAGAUGCCUCCCACAGAGCCCCAGGACAGGCUCCAGAUGCCUGCUGGACCCGCAAAGGCCCUGCCUAGUCAGCCACCCUGGGAGGGCACCCUGUACAUGUUCUCCAUCAAGCAGUUCCGGGUCAAGGCUCAGCUGGUCUCGGGACAGAGCUGUCGGCUCAUCCAGGUUCUCCUGCUCUGCUCACCAGGGAUUCCCUCACACACUGACCAGCCCAGUCUGGAAGCCACUCACUCAAGCCUGUUGCUGGCUGUGCUGCUCCCUAAGGAAGGACUUCCGGACACAGCAGGGUCCAGCUCUCUGUGGGGAAAGGUUCACAAGGUGGUCUCCUUCAACAGGAAAGUGGAGAAGAGAUACUACCAGCCAGAGAACAGGAGGCCGGAUGUGGCUCUGAAGGGCUCCCCUUCCCCAGGGCGUGCCCUGCAGCAGAGCCAGGGCAAGGACAGCCUGGCUCCAGGGGGAAUUUGUGCUUGGCAGAGACUCCCCAGAGGCAGGGGGAGACUGUGGGCAGAGGCUGAAGCCUGGCGGGGUUCUGAGCAAGGGCAGUGGCCUCAAGAACCAGGCUGGUGCCAGUCCUGGCAUCCCUAUUCAGCAGCACCAGCUGUCCAUGGUUUUGGCCGUGGCCAGCACCUCCAUACGGCCUCCUGUCCCCACCAAGCCCUGCUCCAGCACCUUGAAUCCCUGGUGACCAUGAGUCAUCAGCUCCAAGCCUCGCUCUUAUCCCCUGGCCAGGAGAUGCUUCCAGCACCCUCUGCGGCAUCUGCCCAGCCCUCCCCAGUCCCUGGGAUUCUUGGCCCCCUCUGCCAGCCCAGUGCAGCUCCAGAGCCCCCCGGCCUCGCUCUUAUCCCCUGGCCAGGAGAUGCUUCCAGCACCCUCUGCGGCAUCUGCCCAGCCUUCCCCAGUCCCUGGGAUUCUUGGCCCCCUCUGCCAGCCCAGUGCAGCUCCAGAGCCCCCCGGCCCAGCCCCUGA